AUGGAAAGAACGGUGCCCAUUAGAGCUCGCGUCAAUGAUCAGCUGAUAACAAUUGAAAAACUUCCUACAUCAUGGGAAGAAUUGUUGAAUGCUAUUCACUUCCUUGGGCACGCGUACAAUUUUACCGUCUUUUGGAAUGACCAUCCAAUCACCUCUACCAGAGAGCUAGUCUUGUCUUACCUCAAUAACAAAGCUGAGGAGAUCGUUUUUGAAGCCAGACAAAACCCAAAUCCAAUGACAACUAUGGAUGAAUCUGUAAAAGCUGACUAUGAAAACAUGAUUUCUCAGUUUACUAAAUUUUCUACCAGCGACGAAGCUCCUGUAGAGCCUUUAACAACCACAAACGGAGUUUUAUCAAAGGAAGACUUGCUUUUGGUCAUAAGAAACCUCACAUUAAAAGCAAAAGAUAAGCUUUUUGAAAGUGGAAAAAAAUUCAUUGCAAAAAGACAAGAGUUUUACGGAAAUGAUGAGGAAAAAUACAGAGAAGUUGUGAUGGAGCAGCUUCAGUUCCAAGAACUUCUGAUUAUGACUUGCUCAGCUGAAGCUAUACAAAAGCAUGGAAUUUCUAAUGAAAUUUUCGAAAAUUCAAUAAGAAAAUACGGAAGUGAUGGAGAAAUUAAAGAAGCCCUUGAAAACAUGUCAAUUGAAGCAAUUCAAGGAGCUGGGGACGUUCCUGAAGAUUUAUCUGAAGAUAAACUAAAAGAGAUGCUGCUUUAUUCGUGUGACUUCAUCACAGGAUAUAUAACUGAGCAUCCACAAAUAAAUCCUAUGGAAGUGAUGAUCCUAAAAUCAAGAGAGUCAGAUGAGGUUAUGAAAAGAUUUGGUUAUGAUGAAUUAUCCUAUAUUAAAUAAAUACUCAAACAUCUAUUAUUCAUCCAUUAAUAGCCUUCUAAUUAUAUAUUGCAUACAAAUUUCUGCAGCAAUGACAAAAUAUCAAAUCGAAACAAACCCUAAUUUCGGAGAAAUAAGAACCAAAUUGAAUGAAGUCACUGUUAAGCUUUUUGGCUUCAACCCUAUGGAAAUGCAGAGAUAA